UAGAUAGUGGCGACAGAAUUAUGCGGAAAUACAAGGUUUACUGAUUUAUUGUCUGAUAUUCGUUCCGUACUAAACCUAUAUAUACAUUCAUGCUCUUUGAAUAAACUUGCCUUGCAACCAUCAGUUGUCUUGGCCCUUCUGACCCCAUACUGGUGCUUUUCAGUUCCUUACCCCUCACCGCCAGGAACUUCUAGCUUUCUGCAGCCGGUCUGCGGCAAGUGGCGCCCGCACAGGGACCUGAGUGCGUGAGGCAUUUCGGAAGAUUUCAGGGAGGCAGACUCUCCGCGGUGGCUCCCGGAGCGCUUGGUUCGACAUUAUCAUGCCAUCACCAAUAAACACCCUGACUCGAAGAAUGCGUCGCCUGAGGCUCUCGCAAUCGACCACAGCACACCCCAACCGGUUCCCCCGGCGGACGAGAAGAAUGCGGCGACGGAGUAGGAGACAACUUGUCAGGGAGGCGAGGGGAGAUCGAAAUCAAAUUACUUGGUAUCAAUUGCAAUGUUUAGUAUUUCAAGCACGUAGGAUUAUGGAGGAGAGUGCUCAUCCUCGCUCUCCUCUUACCUUUUUUUUAGCCAUGAUAGCUGUAUUGGCAGCCCCACCUAUAGAGGCUAAAUCUUAUUGGGCUUAUGUACCCGAUCCUCCUUUAUUACAACCUGUUACAUGGUCUGAAGCUGACCUUCCAAUUUUUUAUAAUGAUUCUACUUUUGGAAGAGUGCUAGGAAAUUUGCCUAUUACUAAUACUUCUGUUAAUUACUCUAAUUGGUUUAAUACUCCCCCUGUUUGUUUAAGUCCUAUGAGUACCAAUUCGGGUUGUGUUAAGGCUGUUGCUUUAGAACAUGCUAUUUCUUAUCAAACCACUGUAAAUUCUCAAUUUUUUACUCAUUUACGUAAAAAUUAUAAAGCUGUGGGAUCUAAUAUUUGUCUUCCUUGCAAACAGACUGUUUCUAGACGAGAAGAUUUAUCCACCUUUGUAUUUUGGUAUAAGGAUAACGUUCCCAUUCACAUGAAUGCUAGAGUAACUAAGCUUGCUUCUAAUACUUCGUUGGAUCAUUCUCUAUGCAUAUAUCGCUUGAGGAUUGAAGAUACUGGACAUUAUUUGUGUAUUGAAACUACCAUAGGUAAUCAAGGGACGUUAUUAGCUGGACAUCAAAUUACGGUCGUAAAGACUGUCACAGGACUACAAUUUCCUGCUUUUAUGGCUUCUGAAUUCCCGCAGUUUGAUUUUCCUGUUUGUAAUGAUACAUGGACUAAAGCCUCUGUUUGGUGUACUUUAGAUUAUGAUAAUGGCACUAUACUAGUUUCUUCUGUCCCCGUUAAUAAUAACAGCCUUGUUUUUUACAAGCAAUGGGAAUUCUGGAAACUUGCCUUAUCCUUUUCUUAUAGACCGGUGAUUACUUGCGUUGCUCCUCCUUAUGCUUUAUUGAUUGGAGAUUUAAUUGUAGAAAACACUAUGAAUCCUAUAGGUUAUAAUAUUACUUGUGUUAAUUGUAUCUUUAGUAGUUGUGUUUUGCCCGUUAAAGGAUCUACAUCUGUUAUGAUUAUGAAGCAACCUUCUUAUAUAAUGUUACCUGUUAAUUUGUCUGAACCAUGGUAUCAUAACACUGGCAUGCAAGCCUGGCUGGAAUUGACUGAAGCAUUAAAACGACCAAAGAGAUUUAUAGGUGUUCUAAUAUGUGCAAUCCUAGCCUUAGCAGCUUUAACUGCUACUGCGGCCACUGCUGGGAUUGCUCUUUCACAAACUAUUCACCAGGCUCAUUAUGUUAAUCAGUUAUCUAAAAAUACUAGUGUAGCAUUAGCCCUACAAAGUCAUAUUGAUACCCAACUAAAAACGGAAGUAGAUGAAUUAAAAAAUGUUUUAAUAGGAAUAGGGGAUCAAGUUAUGGCUUUAAAAUUAAAAAUGCGUUUGAUUUGUCAUGCCAAAUAUACCUGGAUUUGUGUAACUCAACAUUUAUAUAAUGAUUCACAAUGGGAUUGGGAAAAAGUAAAAAUGCAUAUAUUAAGUGUAUGGACUGAUGGACACAUUAGCCUUGAUAUUCAAAAGUUAAAUGCCGAAAUACAAGCUAUUCAAGAGGCCCACCUGGACGAAGAUGGACCCCAGAAUUUGAUUCAAGGAUUAUUAGAUCAACUACAAGGGCUAAACCCGAUACAAUGGAUUCAUGGAGGGCUCUCAGGCCUGAUAUCAAUUGGUGUACUACUUUUAUUGGUGAUCGGUUUAUUACCUUGUGUUGUUAGAUUUGUAAUGGGGCGCUUCGCUGUCUUGCGUCAGGAUGUUCAUGGCUUAAAGCUUCAUUAUCAAGCUUUAAAAAAUAAUAAAAAAGGGGGAAAUGUGGUGGCCCCCAAGCUGUAAGCUUAUUCAGCUUUCUGCUUUCCGGAGAACUGCUUGUCUCUCUCUUGGUAUGCACUCCUGACGCUGCGGUAUUGAGCGUAAAAAAGGAAAAUGGCUUGCGGCCAGUUUCGCUCCAGGUGCCUGCUCUGCAUCUAAGAGCCCCUGGUUGUUCCCCAGAAGAAGGACGUGCUGCCCUGAGGGGGAAGUCUGUAUCUCCAAAGAAUGGCCCAUAAGGCAUGCUGACGCAUAGAUAGUGGUGCAUAGAUAGUGGCGACAGAAUUAUGCGGAAAUACAAGGUUUACUGAUUUAUUGUCUGAUAUUCGUUCCGUACUAAACCUAUAUAUACAUUCAUGCUCUUUGAAUAAACUUGCCUUGCAACCAUCAGUUGUCUUGGCCCUUCUGACCCCAUACUGGUGCUUUUCAGUUCCUUACCC